UAGCUAGGGGGCAAUGAAAGAGUGCGCUAGCUGUUGGGACAUUGUUCUUGCAGAGUGGAUUGCAUUGCAGGGAGCUCUGGGCGGAGAGGAGACAAUACUAAAGAUAUGGGGAAUUAUAAAUCUAGACCGAGCCAGACUUGCACGGAUGAGUGGAAGAAGAAAGUAACCGAGUCCUAUGCCGUUAUUGUAGAAAGGCUAGAGGAUGACCUUCAGAUUAAAGAGGUGGAACGAGCAGACCUUCAGUUGGUUUUCAGCUCAGACGAAGCCUUCGGCAAAGUCAAUUUAAACUAUCGAACAGAGAAUGGCCUAUCUCUACUCCACUUGUGCUGUAUCUGUGGCGGUAACAAGUCGCACAUUAGAACGUUGAUGCUGAAAGGCUUACGCCCAUCCAGACUAACUAAAAACGGCUUCACAGCUCUCCACGUGGCUGCGUAUAAGGAUAACGCUGAGGUGCUGACGGCAUUACUGCACGGUGGGGCAGAUAUACAGCAGGUGGGGUAUGGAGCUCUCACCGCCCUCCACAUUGCCACCAUCGCUGGGCAUCACGAGGCUGUUGAUAUUUUAUUACAACACGGAGCAUAUGUCAACGUGCAAGACGCCGUAUUCUUCACCCCGUUACAUAUUGCGGCAUACAAUGGGCACGAGCAGGUCACGCGUCUGCUCCUGAAAUUUGGCGCAGAUGUAAACAUGAGCGGAGAGGUGGGAGACCGACCCCUGCACCUCGCCUCCGCCAAGGGGUACCUCACAAUCACCAAAUUAUUGCUGGAGGAGGGAAGCAAAGCAGACGUCAAUGCCCAAGAUAAUGAAGAUCACGUUCCGCUGCAUUUCUGUUCACGAUUUGGACACCAUGAAAUCGUCAGAUACCUCCUGCAAAAUAACUCAGAUGUCCAGCCUCACGUUGUGAAUAUUUAUGGAGACACGGCCUUGCACCUCGCCUGUUACAAUGGCAAAUAUGACGCGAUGAGGGAAUUGAUCCAGCUCUCGGGCACAGAAAGUCUGACGAAGGAAAAUAUUUUCAGCGAAACGGCUUUCCAUAGUGCCUGCACGUACGGCAGAAAUCUAGAGCUCGUAAAGUUUCUGCUUGAUCAGAAUGUUUUAAACAUCAACCACCAAGGAAGAGAUGGACAUACCGGAUUGCACUGCGCCUGUUACCACGGGCACGUGCGUCUGGUUCAGUUCUUGCUGGACAAUGGAGCCGACAUGAACCUGGUGGCCUGUGAUCCCAGCAGAUCAAGUGGUGAGAAGGAGGAACAGACCUGUCUGAUGUGGGCUUAUGAGAAAGGGCACGACGGGAUUGUUACGCUGCUGAAACAUUAUAAGCGGCCUCAGGACGAAUCUCCUUGUAAUGAAUAUUCUCAACCCGGCGGAGAUGGUUCCUAUGUAUCCAUUCCAUCGCCUCUCGGGAAGAUUAAAAGCAUGACUAAAGAAAAAGCUGAUGUUCUCCUGCUGCGUGCCAGCCUGCCCUCGCACUUUCACCUUCAGAUGUCCGAAAUUGAAUUUCAUGAAAUAAUUGGAUCAGGGUCAUUUGGGAAAGUAUACAAAGGAAGAUGCAGAAAUAAAAUUGUGGCCGUUAAAAGAUACAGAGCUAACACGUAUUGCUCCAAGUCAGACGUGGACAUGUUCUGCCGAGAGGUCUCCAUACUCUGCCGACUCAACCAUCCAUGUGUGAUUCAGUUUGUCGGCGCUUGCAUGGACGACCCCAGUCAGUUUGCCAUUGUGACACAGUAUAUCUCCGGGGGGUCUCUCUUCUCUCUCCUUCAUGAGCAAAAAAGAAAUCUUGACUUGCAGUCAAAGCUAAUUAUCGCCGUGGAUGUUGCCAAAGGAAUGGAAUAUCUGCAUAACCUGACCUAUCCCAUCAUCCACCGGGAUCUGAACAGCCACAACAUUCUCCUCUAUGAAGAUGGCCACGCCGUGGUGGCGGACUUUGGAGAAUCUCGAUUCCUUCAGUCAAUGGAUGAGGACAACAUGACAAAGCAGCCUGGGAACCUGCGAUGGAUGGCUCCAGAAGUCUUCAGCCAGUCCACGCGGUACACCAUAAAAGCUGACGUUUUCAGCUACGCCUUGUGCCUUUGGGAACUACUUACUGGAGAAAUCCCUUUUGCUCACCUCAAACCAGCUGCUGCCGCUGCUGAUAUGGCGUACCAUCACAUCCGACCGCCCAUCGGAUAUUCCAUCCCGAAGCCAAUAUCGUCCUUGUUAAUGAGAGGAUGGAACGUAUGUCCUGAAGGGCGGCCGGAGUUCUCGGAGGUGGUGUGUAAGCUGGAGGAGUGCCUGUGCAAUAUUGAGCUGAUGUCUCCAGCCUCCAGUAACAGCAGCGGCUCUCUUUCACCGUCCGCCUCCUCAGACUGCCUGAUUGCCCGCGGGAACCCUGGUCGUAGCCACGUAGCAGCUUUACGUACCCGCUUUGAGUUGGAGUACGCUUUAAAUUCUAGAGCUUACGCCGGCUGGUCUCAGAGCAGUGACGCUACCCCCGGCCGUGGUCUGACCUUAGAGGAGAUGAAGAAAAGUUUUCAGUAUCCACCGAUAGACAAAAAUGGUUACGUGUCUGAUCCCAUGAGUACAAUGCGAUUCCAGUCUUGCUGCAGGACUAGCAGUUUGGAAGACAGUAACUGACAGAUGGAGUCUUUAGUAGCAACGCUGAUAUCCCAGGAAAAGGGCGAGCGCGUCGCCACCUGACAGCCAGGAGGAAACUGUCUACACAGAGACAUACGUCUGAUAAUUCAUCGCUUUAUGCUUUUGUUUUGCUCUUUUUCUAUUACGGGAUCCUGCUGUAAGGCUUUAUAACCUUUACCCUGCCGGGGAAAUAAGAUAGAAAUUAGUUUUCCAUAUGACACUGUAAUCUGUCUGCUAUUACCAGCGCAGCGCGGUAAGCAGUGUUGAUGUUGUGUGUGCAUUCCUUAUCGGAAUACGCCUCCUUUUUACAAUAGCGUGCGUUUUUGUUUUUGCUUAGCUGCAAUUAAUGAAUUGUUCCUGGCGCUUUAUAGGCCGUCCAAUCGCUGCAAUAUGUCCCCGACCUGACCUCAUAUUCCUGCGUCUGAUUAAUUAAACACUGUUGUGUGCAAAUA